GGGAAAUUAGUAUCUCGGGAGCCAAGCUUUUCCUUGAGAUAACUGAAACUUUUGCCUUAAGUUUCCCUGGCAAGAACGUCCCCCACGAUGGCGGAGGAGAGCAGCAGUCGCGGGGACUGUGCGUCCUGCAGCGUGCUCAGCUGGGACCAGGUGAGCCGGCUGCACGAGGUGCUGAACGAGGUCGUGCCCGUCCACGGGCGGGGCAACUUCCCAACCUUGGAGCUCACCCUGAAGGACAUCGUGCAGACCGUGCGCAGCCGCCUGGAGGAGGCAGGCAUCCAGGUGCAGGACGUCCGUCUGAACGGCUCGGCCGCCGGCCACGUCUUGGUCAAAGACAACGGCUUGGGCUGCAAAGACCUGGACCUCAUCUUUCACGUGGCUCUUCCCACCGAGGUAGAAUUCCACCUGGUCCGGGACGUGGUCCUGUGCUCCCUCCUGAACUUCCUGCCGGAGGGCGUGAACAAGCUCAAAAUCAGCCCGGUGACCCUGAAGGAGGCCUACGUGCAGAAGCUGGUGAAGGUGUGCACGGACACCGACCGCUGGAGCCUCAUCUCCCUCUCCAACAAGAACGGGAGGAACGUGGAGCUGAAGUUCGUCGACUCCAUCCGGCGCCAGUUCGAGUUCAGCGUGGACUCCUUCCAGAUCAUCCUGGACUCCCUGCUCAUCUUCUACGACUGCUCCAGCCAGCCCAUCUCCGAGCUCCUGCACCCCACGGUGAUCGGGGAGAGCAUGUACGGGGACUUCGAGGAAGCCUUGGACCACCUGCAGAACAGGCUCAUCGCCACCAAGAACCCCGAGGAGAUCCGGGGCGGCGGGCUGCUCAAGUACAGCAACCUCCUCGUGCGGGACUUCAGGCCCGCCGACCAGGAGGAGAUCAAGACGCUGGAGCGCUACAUGUGCUCCCGGUUCUUCAUCGACUUCCCGGACAUCCUGGAGCAGCAGAGGAAGCUGGAGACCUACCUGCAGAACCACUUCGCCGAGGAGGAGAGGAGCAAGUACGACUACCUCAUGAUCCUGCGCAGGGUGGUGAACGAGAGCACCGUGUGCCUCAUGGGGCACGAGCGCAGGCAGACCCUGAACCUCAUCUCCCUCCUGGCCUUGCGCGUGCUGGCCGAGCAGAACAUCAUCCCCAGCGCCACCAACGUCACCUGUUACUACCAGCCGGCUCCCUACGUCAGCGACGGCAACUUCAACAACUACUACGUGGCCCAGCCUCCAGUGACCUACAGCCAGCCCUACCCCACCUGGCUGCCCUGUAACUAACCUUGAGACCUGAGGGUUUUCUCAGGGGGGAACCCCCAGAGGGCAGGGCUCUCAGGUAGGGGAGCCUCCUUCUAGAUGUAGGUGUUUGGCUUUUAAAGGGGAACUCAGCUCUGAUUCUGCUUUUUUUUCUUUGUGGACCCAUUGCAGUGGGUCUACAGUCUAUCAUGAGCCAACCCUGAAGGGACCCGGUAUUGCAGUGCCACUUUGGAAAAUGCUGUAGGAAGUAUGGCCUCUCCACUUCUUUCCCAGACAGACGCUCACACGUCACGUCCCGAACGGCAGCGCAGGGGCCUGAGCUCUGGGCGGUCGCUGAGAUUGGGGGACGCGUGGGCAGCCGACGCGGGGGGCUAAGCUGCUCGUCUCCCUGGAGCCAGGAGCAGGCUGUGCUGGCCCUGGCUCCCCCGGGAUUCUCAGUGACACGAAAGUUGUGCUGAUCGUCUAUUUUCUUGUUCAGCUUUAGCUAGGCAUGCCGUUGUAAACACGAGGGUGCUCCUUUCUGUUCAGAGGACUCCGUGGUUUAUGUUCAUUCCCUGUCAGCAGAGCUGAGGAUUGCUUUCAUCAAUAAACCAAAGCCAGUCGCUGGAGAAUCGAGGUCUGGUUGGAAGUGGUAUAUGGUUUAGAUGCUGUGCUAUCCUGAGGAAUUGUGUGAGACAUUGCUGAGGAAAAAAAAAAAAAAGGAAAAAAAAAGGUCUUUUCUUGAACUAUAACUUGAAAACAAAAUAAAAUGUGGAACCUAAUGUUAAAAUAGAAUUAUGGUGGUGGGGGGUGAUUGUAAAUAGGAAACAAGAAUGUUCAAAAAAUUUUUUUUCUUUAAGGAAUUCUUCUGGAAUGACACUUCUCGUUUCCUCAUCAGCUCAUCACUUUUGUUUUUCUCCUCCCGAGACGAAGGGUUGUGUGCCCGGGGUCCUUGUGACUGACGUGUGGUGACUGACGCUUUAACUGGAAACCCACUCUGAUCACAUUCCAAGUAUGACAAGCUGGUUUUUCUGGAGCACUUGGGCUGACUAUUUUUGUUGUUGUUUUUCGAAAGUAGAGAUUUUCUCCUCCAGGUUUUGUUUGACAGCAAAUGAAUUCAGGAAUUUCUGUGACCUGUGGAAGGACCUGCCCUUGUGGGUGGAGUUCUUUGGCUCUCAGUCGCUUUAGGAUGGAACUGCUGUCCCUACGCUGUGCUGUGCGAGGGGUGGGGGGUGGAAUGGAGCAUCAGGUGGGGGCUGAGCGUCCAGCCAGGCCUGGUAUGCCCCAGCCGUGCGGAGGCCCCUGGCAAGGAUCGAUUCUGGUGUGCCUGGGGAAGAAUUGAGUGAAUGAAGAAGAUUCUUCCUUAUUCCGGUAGAUUUGACCAGACCUGUUUGUAUUCUGCACUUUAGAAGGAAAACAGUAUUAACCUCUAGUCUAAAGCAAGCUUAGUAAAUAGAGAGUUCUAGGCUGUUGCUUUCCCAGUAGAUUAAAGAAGGGAUUCUGUGUGUUGAAACUUCAUGUACGAUCUCUUAGCAAGCAUCACUUCAGGGUAUCAAGGGCAAAGAAAUUCAAUAUUGCCAGCCAGCCUGGUUUCUAAGGUGAUUUAAUCUAACUCGUGGCCCUGAUGUUCAGUUUCCCCCGCGGCUAGAAAACCGAAGCCCAGAGGGAUUGCUUUCUCCUUGCUUUAAUAAGCAAUGACAUUACCUUGAUGCAAAAAUGCUUCAUAGAAAAGGAGUGGUUUACUUUUUUCUGAAGAUUAUAUUUUCAGGUGGGUUGUGUGUUUUUUGUUUUGUUUUUUCUAGAAUGUGAUGUUUUGGUUACUUAAAAGCAGAUGGGGCAGGACUGAACCCCAAGGCUUACCUGGUCUCCAGGUUGUGCUGUAUUAGGUGGACAGAGGCCACUUCUUAGUGUAACCAGCUCCUGUUUCCCUGGGAGCCAGUCACAUGUAAAUUCACUGGCUGCCAGUCAAGGCCCAUCAACAUUGGAGGGGCGGGGCGGGGCGGGGCGCUUCAGUGUGAAAAGGGAAUCCCGACUUGAAAAACAAGGUGGUCAUCCAUGACCUUAAACGACUGCCAUUGUGGUCAGCAUGUUUGCCCCCAAUGGCAGAUCUGUUUAACCACAUGUUAACUCUGAUGAAGCUGCAGCACCAAGGCCCUUGCGAGCAGGUCAGUACUGCAUCCGCCCAGGAGGCUUGGGGAGGGGGCGUAAGGCUCCCGGGGAAGGUAGGGCCAGAACCCCACCAAGGAAUUAAAUUUCAGUGUGUCCUUGGUGUUCUUCCUGCUCACUGUUUUUCCUAGCUGGUACUAGUCCUUUUAUGGGAGGCACAGAAGAUGCUAGAAAUUCCCAGCCCCCCAGUUCUUGGCCAUCCCUGCAGGACGGCCAGCUUGGUACAGUCUUUUCACCUGAAGUCUCAGGCAGCCCCUCUGCAGUGGAGUUUGAGAGGAGACGUGUUGGAGAGCCAUCAGGGUGGAAGCUGCAGGGACCGGGCUGGCCGUCUCCACCCGCUCUGGGCGCGUUUUGCCUGCCUCAGAUCAGCCUGGUAACCUUGGGCUUCAGGUGUCUGGAAAUCCCAGCUGCAGCCUGACUUUCAUGCUGCUCACAAGCACGGGGCACUCUGAACCCGCUCUGGGCCCAGUGGUUCUUCUUUUCUGCGUGUUGAGUAACAUGAAACGCGGCGGUGGCCAAGGGCACUCACGUUCAAGUGCAAGUUCUCGCGUGCAUGCGGCAGCCGCCUUGGCUCCUCGGGAUGGCUUUCCGAGGCCUCCUGCAGGUGUGCAGCUGGCCUCCCGCCUGCCGCUGGGAACCAGGGAAGCAGGACCUCGCCCCUGGAGCUGGCAGAAGGGCACACACGCUGAGUUCCUGGCCCUGCGCUUGUCUCCCCCUCAGACCUCACCUUGGCAGGGAGACGCUGUUCCUCACUCAAUAACUCCAACUCGGAAACUCAACUCCGAAUCAGCACCACCUUAAAUCAGGGUUCCUGCCGACAGCCUGUGGGAUGUGGCCUGAGCCACAGCCGGAGGCCUGGCAGAUGGGGGAGUCGGGGAGGAGCAAAGCUGGGUUCCUGAUAGAUGACAGCAAAUGCGGUUUGGCAUUUAAGUUUUCUUCCGCCCAGUGUGAGUUUUCCCCUGGAGAUUUGAGUUAACGGUGAGCUGCGCGUGAACCUGUGGGCUUUCUGUGUGGGUUUGUCUCUGUGUGGUUUGGUUUUGUGACGAUGCAUUAAUAAAAAAAUGGCGAGCGCCUCUCCACCGGCGCUGGCCCCUUCCCUUCCCGGUAGGAGGAUUUGAACUAGUACCGCUUUCUUCCCUGGGGGGAAUGGUGCCAAUCAAAAGCAGCUUGCCGACUCUCGGAAUCAAUCCCUCCUCUCUAGUGAGCCUCCUGGGACUGGUGCCUUGUUUUAGGGUGCAGCUAUUCUAAGCUUCACUGUCCUCUCUCAGAAAAUAAAUGGCAGUUACCCAGUUGUGAGGAGAGACCCCGAAGCUCAGCUGUGCUGUUACUUCUGGGGUGUCAGAUUGGGGCUCCACACUAGGGCGAACCCUUGGGGGGGGUGGGGGUCUGACUGUGAGGUGACAGAACUUUGAGUUGCCAAGGUUGCGUUUGUGCCCUUAACCUGGCAGAGACCAGAAUGUCACAGCUGACUUUGGAACAUAUUCCAAACCAGCCAGUGACAUUCAGAGGACCAGGGGAAGUGUGUGUGUGUGUGUGUGUGUGUGUGUGUGUUGGGGGGUGGGGGGAGGGAGCCAUAUAUUUAAAAAGACCUGGCAACUUUUCAGGAUUAUUUGUGGAGACUGCCAAGGUGAGAAUCAGAAACGAAAAUGCUUUUUUUGUGAGUUCAAGUUCUAAAUUUUGUUGACCUAUCACUUACAAAAAAUAGGUUAAGUGUCAGCAAAAAAAAUGUUUGGAUUUUUGCCUGGGCUGGUGAGAGUUGGUACAAAUUUUCAUGUUUGCAUAGGAGGUGAGGAGACCAUCCACCAAAGAGGAAGUCGUUUAAUAAUAUGGAUCUGUGGGUGUUUUAAACCUCCAGGCCAUCUGGAUGUUUUGCUUUUUUUUUUUUUAUGGAUUAAAAAAAAAAACUGCUUUAGGAAAAUUGAGAGUUUAUAUCCCUUAACUUCCAAAUUCAUGUAGGUAAAAGUAAGACACUCAUUAGACUAAAUUGAAAGUUUUUGUUCCUCUAGAUUUGUGUAACCUUCGAAAUGUUAAUUUGCUAGUGGUGCCUAGGAUGCGUGAGGUUUCCUCUCUGGUGUAAUGGUCACUGACCUUCCUACGUGAAGCAGGUAAAGUCACUUGUCAAUGCAAAAUGUAUUAGAACUUGAUGAAAUAGCGCUUUGAGUUUGAGAAAUAAACGUAUAUUUAAAAAAAAAAAAAAA